GGCUUCCAUGGAACAGCUCCUGACCCAGCUGUGCGGCACCGGCGCUGCGCAGCCACUCCCGCUGUGGGAGGGGGAUACCACCGGCCACUGCUUCACCCAGCUGGUGCUCAGCGCCCUGCCUCACGCGCUCCUCGCCGUGCUCAGCGCCUGCCACCUGAGCACCCCGAGGAGCCCAGAUUACAUCCUACCAUGCAGCCCAGGCUGGCGCCUCCGACUCACAACCUCCUCCUUGCUCUCCAUCCUCCCUUUGCUAGACCUCCUUCCAGCUGCUCUGCCACCAGGAGCAGGCCCAGGGCCCAUAGAGCUAGAGGUGCUGGCCGCAGGCAUAGCAGCUGUGGCCUGGAUCAGCCACAGCUUAGCCCUGUGGGCACUGGCCCGUUCUCCUCAUAGCCACUCCCGAGGGCCCUUGGCCUUGGCUCUGGCUGCCUUCCUGCCAGCCCCAGCCCUGGUACUGACCCUGCUAUGGCACUGCCAGAGAGGUACACUUCGUCCCCCACUUCUCCCAGGGCCCCUCGCCCGCUUUUGCCUUCUCAUCCUGCAGCUGGCUGCACUCUUGGCCUAUGGACUGGGCUGGGCAGCUCCUGGGGGACAGCGGGGACCCUGGCCCCAGGAGCCCCUCUUGUCUGAGAGGCAGGAAUCUGAAGUGGCUGAAGAUGGGGAAAGUUGGCUGUCACGCAUUUCCUAUGCCUGGCUGGCACCCCAGCUGGCCCGUGGUGCCCGUGGAGAGCUCCGGCAGCCGCAAGACACUUGCCGCCUCCCCUCUAGGCUACAUCCAGCCUACCUGGCCCGCGUCUUCCAGGCACAUUGGCAGGACGGGGCCCGCCUAUGGAAAGCCCUGUAUGGGGCCUUUGGGCAGCGCUACCUAGCACUUGGACUACUAAAGCUGGUGGGAACCAUGUUGGGCUUCUCAGGCCCCCUGCUGUUAUCACUACUGGUGGGCUUCCUGGAGGAGAAGCAGGAACCCCUUAGCCAGGGCCUGCUCUAUGCCCUGGGGCUAUCCAUUGGGGCUGUGCUGGGUGCUGUGCUACAGAACCAGUACGGGUAUGAGGUACGGAAGGUGACACUUCAGGCCCGGGGAGCUGUGCUGGCCAUCCUGUACCGCAAGUCUUUACAACUGGGACCCAGCCGCCCCCCUGCUGGGGAGGCCCUGAACCUACUAGGCACAGACUCUGAGCGGCUGCUCAACUUUGCCGGGAGCUUCCAUGAGGCCUGGGGUCUACCUCUGCAACUGGCCAUCACCCUCUACCUGCUGUACCAGCAGGUGGGCAUAGCCUUCAUGGGUGGUCUGGCCUUGGCACUGCUGCUAGUACCUGUCAACAAAGUGAUCGCCACACGCAUCAUGGCCAGCAACCAGGCAAUGCUACAGCACAAGGACGCUCGGGUCAAGCUUAUGACGGAGCUGCUGAGUGGUAUUCGAGUCAUCAAGUUCUGUGGGUGGGAGCAGGCACUGGGGGCCCGAGUAGAAGCCUGCCGGGCUCAAGAGCUGGGGCGACUACGGGUCAUCAAAUACCUGGACGCAGCCUGCGUGUACCUUUGGGCUGCCCUGCCAGUUGUCAUCUCCAUUGUCAUCUUCAUCACCUAUGUCCUCAUGGGGCAUCAGCUUACUGCCACCAAGGUGUUCACAGCCCUGGCACUGGUAGGAAUGCUCAUUCUUCCCCUCAACAACUUCCCCUGGGUGAUCAACGGGCUCCUGGAGGCCAGGGUGUCUUUGGACCGGAUCCAGCGUUUCCUCGACCUUCCAAACCACAACCCUCAGGCUUACUACAACCCAGAGCCCCCCACAGAGCCAUCUACAUUAUUGGAGCUGCAUGAAGCCCUGUUCUCCUGGGACCCAGUUGGAACCAGCCAGGAGACCUUCGUCAGUCACCUUGAAGUGAAGAAGGGUUUCCUGGUGGGCAUCGUGGGAAAGGUGGGCAGUGGGAAGACCUCACUGCUAGCCGCCAUCACCGGGGAGCUCCACAGGCUGUGUGGACAAGUGACAGUGUCAGGACUGUCCAAGGGCUUUGGCCUGGCCACCCAGGAACCCUGGAUCCAGUUUGCUACCAUCCGAGACAACAUCCUCUUUGGGAAGACGUUUGAUGCCCAGCUGUACAAGAAAGUGCUGGAGGCCUGCGCCCUCAACGAUGACCUCAGUAUCCUGCCCGCUGGAGACCAGACAGAGGUGGGGGAGAAAGGUGUGACCCUCAGUGGAGGGCAGCGGGCCCGGAUUGCCCUUGCUCGUGCUGUCUACCAAGAAAAGGAGCUCUAUCUCCUCGAUGACCCUCUGGCCGCUGUAGAUGCAGAUGUGGCUAACCACCUGCUGCACAGAUGCAUCCUGGGAGUCCUGAACCACACCACACGACUUCUCUGCACCCAUCGCACUGAGUACCUAGAGAAGGCUGACAUUGUGCUGCUGAUGGAGGCUGGGCGCCUUGUCCAGGCUGGCCCUCCCUCUGAGAUUCUGCCAUUGGUACAAGCUGUCCCCAAAGCCUGGGCUGAAGAUGGACAGAAAUCUGACUCAGCCACAGGCCAGUCAAUGUGGAACACUGAGAAAGCAAAGGAGGGACUGGAGGUGGAGGAGGGUACAUCUAGCUGCCUGCUCCAGGAAGAAACCAAAAAGGAGGGCGCCGUGGCCUUCCAUGUGUACCGAGCAUACUGGAGGGCUGUGGGCUGGGGCCUGGCCCUAGCUAUCCUCUUCUCUCUGCUCCUCAUGCAAGCCACUCGGAACGCUGCUGACUGGUGGCUCUCCCACUGGAUCUCUCAGCUGAAGGCAGCUAAGAAUAGCUCCCAGGAGGCACCAGCCCCCACCAACCUUUUUUCUUCAAGGCUCUUCUCUCCCCAGCUGCUCCUCUUCUCCCUGAGAAGCCUCUAUGCCCCAGUGCUUCCACUGCCCAAAGCUGCCCCCAAUGGCUCCUCAGACAUCCGUUUCUACCUCACCAUAUAUGCGACCAUUGCUGGCAUCAACUCCUUCUGCACCCUUCUCCGGGCAGUGCUCUUUGCGGCAGGCACUCUCCGGGCAGCUGCCACCCUGCAUCACCGCCUGCUGCGUCGAGUCCUUAUGGCACCAGUGACGUUCUUCGACUCCACACCCACGGGCCGGGUCCUAAACCGCUUCUCCUCCGAUGUGGCCUGUGCGGAUGACAGCCUGCCCUUCCUCCUCAACAUCUUCCUGGCCAAUGCAGUAGGCUUGUUGGGCCUCCUGGCUGUGCUGAGCGCUGGCCUGCCCUGGCUGUUGCUGCUGCUGCCACCUUUGGGGAUCAUGUAUUACCGCGUGCAACGUCACUACAGGGCCUCCUCUCGGGAACUGCGGCGCCUGGUCAGCCUCACCCUGUCCCCACUCUAUACUCAUCUGGCUGACACCUUGGCUGGCCUCCCAGUGCUGCGGGCGGCUGGGGCCACCUACAGGUUUGAGGAGGAGAGCCAGCAGCUCCUGGAGCUAAACCAGAGGUGCCAGUUUGCUGCCAGUGCCACGAUGCAGUGGCUGGACAUUCGGCUACAGCUCACAGGGGCUGCAGUGGUCAGCGCCAUCGCUGCCAUCGCCCUGGUGCAGCACCAGCAGGGCCUCACCAACCCAGGGCUGGUAGGCCUGUCGUUGUCUUAUGCCCUGUCCCUGACAAGCCUGCUGUCAGGCCUGGUGAACAGCUUUACCCAGACCGAAGCCAUGCUGGUGAGCGUGGAGCGACUGGAGGAGUACUCUUGUGACCUGCCCCAGGAACCCCAGGGCCACCCGCUGCAGCUGGGCAUCGGUUGGCUGACCCAAGGCAGUGUGGAGUUCCAGGAUGUGGUGUUGACAUAUCGGCCAGGGCUGCCAAAUGCCCUGGAUGGAGUGACCUUCUGUGUGCAGCCUGGAGAAAAGUUGGGCAUCGUGGGCCGCACGGGCUCCGGGAAGUCUUCCUUGUUCUUGGUGCUCUUUCGGCUGCUGGAGCCCAGUUCAGGGCGAGUGCUGCUGGAUGGCAUGGACACCAGCCAGCUGGAGCUGGCCGAGCUCAGGUCCCAACUGGCCAUUAUCCCCCAGGAGCCCUUUUUGUUCAGUGGGACUGUUCGGGAAAACCUGGAUCCCCGGAGCGUGCAUGAGGACAGGGCCCUGUGGCAGGCCCUGGAGCAGUGCCACCUGAGUAAGGUGAUUACAUCCCUAGGUGGUCUGGACAGUGCACUGGGUGAAGGCGGCCGGAGCUUGUCUCUGGGGCAGAGGCAGCUGCUGUGUCUCGCCCGGGCUCUUCUCACAGAUGCCAAGGUCCUAUGUAUUGAUGAGGCCACAGCCAGCGUGGACCAGAAAACAGACCAGCUGCUCCAGCAGACCAUCCGAAAACGCUUUGCCAGGAAGACAGUGCUGACCAUUGCCCACAGGCUCAACACCAUCCUGAACUCAGACCGGGUCCUGGUGCUACAGGCUGGGAGGGUCAUGGAGCUGGACUCCCCCACUGCCCUGUGCAACCAGCCCCACUCCCUGUUCCAGCAGCUACUGCAGAACAGCCAGCAAGGAGCCCAAUCCUCUGCCUGA